CACACACACACACACACACACACACAAUCGAGCAAAUUAUAUGUGUGCCCUCCUAGUAUGGGAAACUCUAUAUUUCUCCUAUUCCUCGUCUUCUUCCUCGCUUUGCAUUUCCCGUAAAACCAUCUCCCUGCAACCCUCUUUAUCUCUUUCUUUGGAUUCUUCACUCUUUCUUUUUCUUCCAUGGAAACUAGCACCAUUCCUGCACGGAACCAUACCCAUGAUCAGAACCAGAGCCACCAUUAUUAUUCCUUGUCUCCUCCGCAGGGCAACCGCCAGAGCGCUGGCAUUAAUUUGGCUUUGAAUUCAGUCAUCAUCAUUGUCAUCUCCAUCGUCUCCAUCGUCGUCCUCUUGGCUAUUUUUGUAAUCGUACUCAUGCUCCGUCGGCUCAAAUCCGCGAGAAACAGAGCCAGCUGCAAAGAUGACAGUGGCGGCAGUCUCCGCAACAAUAGUACCAGGUUCGUUGCUCAUCGUACCACCAUAGACUUCACCUCCAGUCCAGAUGUGAAGGGAGGGUGCUUAUAUGGGGCGAAUCUGAGCCGUGGAGAUCCGGCCGAAAAAUACAGAGGAGUCCAGGUUUUCACGUACAGGGAACUGGAAGCGGCGACGGAGAGGUUUAGUGAAGCGAAUGUGAUCGGAAAUGGAGGGUUUGGUGUGUUUUACAGAGGAGUGCUGAGUGAUGGGACUGUUGCGGCGAUUAAGAGACUGCACAGAGAUGGAAAGCAAGGAGAGCGUGCUUUCAGGAUGGAGGUUGAUCUACUAAGCCGUCUGCAUUCUCCUUACUUGGUGGAGCUACUUGGCUACUGUGCUGACCAAAACCACAGACUCCUUAUUUUUGAAUUCAUGCCUAACGGUACUCUCCAUCACCAUCUCCACCAACCCGACAAUCAAUACAGGCUGUUGGAUUGGGGAACCCGAUUGAGGAUCGCCCUCGAUUGUGCUCGGGCACUCGAGUUCCUCCACGAGUAUGCAACUCCAACGGUGAUUCACCGUGACUUCAGGUGCACCAGUGUUCUGCUGGAUCAAAACUUUCGUGCCAAGGUGUCUGAUUUUGGAUUGGCUAAGAUGGGAUCAGACAAGAUCAACGGUCAGAUUUCUACACGUGUGAUGGGGACCACCGGAUACUUGGCCCCAGAGUAUGCUUCAACCGGAAAACUUACAACGAAAUCAGAUGUUUACAGUUACGGAGUGGUUCUUCUGCAGCUCUUAACUGGGCGUACACCAGUUGAUACUAAGCGUCCUCCUGGGGAACAUGUCCUUGUUUCAUGGGUUAGUAGCAAAGACUCAUCAUUUAUGCAAUUCCAUGUACUCCUGGCUACUCUAUACCAUGCCAAGAAAUUGAAAUAAUUACCUAUUGAAACUUUUAAUAACCCGGUACUGUUAUUGAGGUCUUGAUAUCAUGUUUUUCAGAUUUAUAUAUAUAUAAUCUUGAGAUCUCAGAGCGUGUAAAUAUGACAUCCUAGUUUUUUACAUUAUUUCAUGUAAGCCAAAUAUGGGAAAUUGUAGAUUAACAUGUAUGCAUCAAUACAUCAUGCCUCACUAGUAACCAUAUAGUGGAUUGCUCUUAGCAUCUUUAGCUACCAAGUACUCACUUGUAUAUAAAUAUACAUUGGAUAAUCUCCUAUUAGCUUAAACUUUUAGCAUAUUGAUACAAUCAAUUAAUUUUACAUGGUAUAAGAGGCAGAUGCCUCGAUUUCACAUCCUAACUGCUGCUCAAUUUCUAGUAGUAAAGUUGCAGCACGAAUUAUAGAAAAUCCGUGCUUAAUCCGUUUUUUGUCAAAAUGAACCUGCGCACGAGGGAACUUGUUAGUCAUCAAUAUAAGCACCGACUCAUAUGUCUAUCUGGUAGUUUGACAAAAGUGCUUGUUUGGGAUUACUCUACUUAAGAAUCAUCAUUCUAUAAUAGUGUUAGUCAUCUGCACUUUUGGGCUAACUACCAACCACCAAAAAUUUUAUGUUUCUUGCCAAU